AUGUCCUUCGCCCACUGGGGUAACACAACAGUCACCGGCCGAGGCCUUGUCGCUCUCUCCGGUCGCGGCCAAAGUCAUCAGAUCACCCUCAAGACCAACGAGAAAUACGUUGUUCAUCCAAGCCAUGUUCUAGCCUACAACUUGACACAACACGCGCCCGGACCAUACAGAUUCAAGUCCACGAGUCUUCGCUUCCAAAUUCCGGCUCUGUCGAGAUGGAUCCCGGAUACCAAGUUCUGGCGCACGAUGCGAGAGGCGACAGCGUGGAGGUGGGCGAGUAGUAUGGCGUUCACGAUCAGGACGUGGGCAAGACGGACGAUAUGGGGUGAUCGGCUUUUCCUGGAAUUUAAGGGUCCGGCAACCAUUCACAUCCAAUCUCGCGGUUCUGGACUCAGGGAUGUACUUACCGAUGGCGACGUGAACGAGAUAGCGGAUUCUCCUGCUGGAUCGGCUGCGAGAAGUGUGGCUAUGAUCGAGUCGGGGCUGAAGGCUGGUGAUGUGUCUACCACUGGAAUGACAAAGCCGAAGUCGGCGACAAGUAUGAGUUAUGCCACGGUACAUCAGAGUGGCACUGUCAAGUUCGAUGAGCAGAAAGCUUGA